AUGGCCGCCAAGAUGAUUGCGCUAGGACUGUUGCUACUUUUAGCAGUGGCAAGUAGUCAAGCACAAUUUAAUUGUACAUUUGAAUCUGGCUUUUGCGGUUGGACACAACCUGUUAACGCUCCAUUAAAUUGGACUCUAAAUAAUGGCAGUACUGCAAGUUUUGGUACUGGGCCUUCUCAAGAUCACACUACUGGAUCAGGCUUAUAUAUCUACAUAGAAGCCUCAUUUGUCCAGUCCAAUAUUUUAGCUACCCUUUUAUCUCCAUUGGUAACAAGUGGUCAAGCAUGCUUAACAUUUUGGUACCAUAUGUAUGGACCUGAUGUAGCUACGCUUAAUGUAUCGACUACCGUCAACAACCAAGAUUCGCUGUUAUGGCAGCGUAGUGGAACCCAAGGAAAUAAAUGGCAAUUGGCAAGGAUACAAUUUAGUCCCAAUACCAACUAUCAGAUCAAAUUUGUGGCAAAACGUGGAUCUGGUUUCGCUGGCGAUAUCGCAUUAGAUGAUAUUUCAAUGAUCCCUAAGGCAUGUCCUUUAACCACCAAUUGUGAUUUUGAAAUCGGGACGUGUAAAUGGGUUCAAGAUCAAACCGAUGGUUUCGAUUGGAUAAGAGGUAGAAAUGGCAAUGAUCAAAAUGGUCAAGGACCACCAAUGGAUCAUACACUUCAAAGUCCUGUAGGAUACUAUUUGUAUACAUCAUCAAGUAGCAAUCCGGAUAAAACGGCUCGUGUCAUGAUCAGUCCACCCUUUCCACCAACUCCUCCAAUUGGCAAGUGUAUGAAUUUCUAUUAUCGAUUAACUGCUAAUGCUGGUACAUUAAGAGUUUUUAAUCAAAUCAAUGGUGCAAGAGGCACACCGUUAUGGCAAGAAUCGGGUAAUCAACAAGGUCUAUGGAAACCAGGCCAGGUCACCAUGAACAGUACUUCAGGCACUUGGCAGCCUGUCUUUCAAGCUGAAACUGCUAAUGGACAGGGUACCAUCGCUAUUGAUGAUGUCAGCUUUUUUGAUCAAGCUUGCCCUCCACCAGGUAAUUGUAACUUUGAAAAUGGAUAUUGUACAUGGAUGAACGCCAUUGCUGGCGACAACUUCGAUUGGAUCAGACAUCAAGGAUCUGUUCCAAGCACUUUAACUGGACCACUCAGUGAUCAUACAUUAGGAACGGCUAAUGGCUAUUAUAUUUAUAUGGAAGCGACUGGCCGUCAGCGUGGACAAAAAACGGUUUUACAAAGUAUGGUCUUUCCACCCGCUCCUAAUGGACGCUGCUUAUCCUUCUGGUAUCAUAUGUAUAGCCCAUUCGCUUUUGGCCAAGCAAGUUCCUUAUCCAUUUAUAUCCAAAAAGUUGGCAGCAAUUUUGGUAGUAUCUUAUGGUUAAGAAAUUCAAGUGCUGGCGAUGUUUGGCAUAAUGCUCAUGUUGCAUUUAGCUCCAGUCAAUCCUAUCAAAUUUUAAUCGUUGCAACACGAGGCCAAUCUUCCCUUUCUGAUGUUGCUAUCGAUGAUAUUUCCUUUACCACCACUUGUAAUGCUUCCUUUACUCGACCAACACCAAAGCCAACACAGGCUUCUACUGCAUUACCAUCUACUUCUUAUGAUUGUACUUUUGAAAAUGGUUUUUGUACAUGGACUCAAGAUCUUACCGAUUCUCUUAACUGGACUAGACAUCAAGGUCCGACAUCUUCUUCCGAUACUGGUCCACGCGUUGAUCAUACCACAUCGAGUACAAGUGGAUGGUAUGCUUAUGUUGAAGGAUCCCAUUUCUUCAGUAAUAACACUGCUCGAUUGAUUAGCGCUACUAUUACCCCAACUACUGGGCCUAUGUGCUUCCGAUUUUGGUACUACAUGUUUGGUGAAGAUAUUGAUACAUUUAAUGUCUACUUUAAAUUUGGCAAUGUUCUCGGAUCCAAGGUCUGGACACGCAAAGGCAAUCAAGGUCCAAGUUGGAAACUUGCACAACUUCAAUUCCAACAAAGUAUUCCAUUCCAAUUAGUUCUGGAAACCACUCACAUUUCUGGCAAUUAUAGAAGUGAUAUUGCCGUUGAUGAUAUUAAAUUCAAUUUCCAGCAAUGUCCUCCUCGUUCCUUAUGUGAUUUCGAAGAUUCCAGUAGAUGUGGCUAUACACAAGAUAUUAACGAUAACUUCGAUUGGACCUAUUUUACCGGUGCCGGAGUUGCAGGCCAAUGGUCACCUAUUAAUGAUCACACAACGUAUACAUCAUCUGGUCAUAGUUUCUUUGCCAAUAUGAAAUCGCAAAGUACUGGCGCUGUAGCACGAUUAAAUAGCAACGAACAACCACCUACUGCUGGUAGCUGUUUAAGCUUUUGGUAUAUUGCUUAUGGUAGCAACUAUGGUUCAUUGUCAGUUUACACACAAAUCGGAGGGACAUUGAAUAAAAUAUGGAGUGUCCCUACCACAGGAAUUACCGAAGCUGCUAGGGCAUGGCUAGGAAUGCAAGUUACUGUCCAAAGUCAGCAGCCUUAUUUCAUAACCUUUGAAGCUGCUCGUGCCACUGGCAUCAAUGGUACCGUCGCUAUUGAUGAUGUCAACAUUUCACCAGGUGUUUGCCCACCAUUGGGUGAUUGCUCAUUUGAGAAAGGCACUUGCUUAUGGAGAAAUGCAGUCUCUCUUGAUAAAUUAGAUUUAUUGAGAUGGAGUGGACCUACUCCUACCGCAGGCACUGGUCCUAGCUCUGAUCAUACCCUAGGAACUGAUGCAGGUCAUUUCAUGUAUCUUGAAUCCAGUCUGGCUAGUAAAGGUGAUAACGCCAUCUUCUUUAGUCCUGAAUUUGGUCCAAGAUCUACUCCUCGAUGUUUCACCUUCUGGUAUCAUAUGUAUGCUCGUAAUAAGGAUCAAAUGGGUUCACUAUUGGUCGUUUUCUCCGAUAUCAAUUCUAAUUCCGUUAUUAAAAACAUUACUGGUUACCAAGGUCCAAAAUGGAAUUAUGCUGCAGUUCCAUUGCAAUCCAGCACUCUUCCCCACUGGGUUGCUUUUGAUCUUAUACGAGGAUCUGGUAGUUAUAGCGAUAUCGCUAUCGAUGAUGUUAUCUUUUAUGAUGGUGCUUGUCCAACAGAACCUGCUACACCAUCUCCUAAUCCAUGUGCUGUUCGUUGUUAUAGCGACUUUAGCAAAUGUAUUCCAUCGAAUCAAGUUUGCGAUUAUAAUAUGAAUUGUCCUGAUGGAAGAGAUGAAUUAAAUUGUGGUGGCUGCUCCUUUGAAAGCAAUACUUGCCAAUAUACAAUAAAUGCAGGCUCCGAUACAUGGGUACGUGGAAAAUAUGACACACCGAAAGGAAAUAUUAUGCCCCAAGUCGAUCAUACUACCAAAUCAACUACGGGUUGGUAUAUGCUUGUCACCGAUGCUACUGGCCUUAACUUUGGCGAUGCUAAAUUAACCAGUAAAAAGUUACCACCAACUAGUGCAACUUGCCAAGUUCGUUUCUGGUACUUUUCCUACGGUAACUCUACUAGAACAUCCGAUUUAGAUGUCUCGUUUAUCGAAGGACCUAUCCCUAAAACUAGAAUGAUCAAAAUUAGAAAUGUCAAUAGUAACAAAUGGCAACAAGGUAUUGCUUAUAUGGGAAGAAGAGUUCAACCUUAUCAAUUAACAUUUGAAGGAUCACGCGAUUUCUUGGGCAGAAGUUAUAUGGCUAUUGACGAUAUCUCCAUGUAUGAAUGUGGAAUGCCACCAAAAUUGCCUAGCUGUUCAAGCAAUCAAUUCCAUUGCGGUCAAACCAAGGCAUGUGUUGAUUCUAACCUUAUUUGCGAUUUCCAAGAUGAUUGCGGAGAUGGUACCGAUGAAGCUCAAUGUGCUGCAUUCAAUGGAUGCAAUUUUGAAAAUGGAAUUUGCGAUUGGUCUCAAGUUUCUGGUAGUGAUGAUUUCAAUUGGGAUAGAACAUCGGGAACAACCUUUACAUCUUAUACUGGACCAUCAAGAGAUCAUACUACCGGCACUGUUACAGGCUAUUACUUGUAUAUUGAUGGUUUCUUCGAAAGUGCAGGAGCAAAAGCUCAACUCAAGAGUAAAUGGUUCCAACCCAAUACAUCGGGUAAAUGUAAAAUUAGAUUAUGGUAUCAUAUGCGUGGCACUGGCAUUGGAGCUCUCAAUGUCUACGCUGUGCCCAAUGGUGGUAAAUUGAUUAAAAUUUGGUCAAGAUCAGGUCAACUUGGUGAUGUCUGGUUGAGAAUGGAAGCACCUGUUGUCAGCUCACGCUAUUUCUAUUUUAUGAUUGAAGCUGUACGUGGAUCAUCGGAUGAAAGUGAUAUUGCUAUUGAUGAUAUCUCUUUCACUACGGAUUGUAAAUAUGCCAGUGGCACUGUCCCAUCCGUUCCCACUGGUACUCUUCCUACAAUUGUUCCUUCUCAAGUACCAAGCUGUUCUUCAUGGUCAACACCUAACUGCGGCUCUUGCAAUUUUGAUCAAGGCCAAUGUGGAUGGAGAGAUACCAGCAUCGGUGGAAUUAGCGGUUGGAUACGCGAUAGUGCUGGCAAUGGCCAAUCUUUCAAUGGUCCCUUGUAUGAUCAUACUAGUAAUAGCGGUCUUGGCUAUUAUAUGUACACAAAAGCAAAGGGUGGUUCUUUCUUAACAGAUUCCAAAUUAACUAGCCCUAUGAUGCCUGCAGCAUACGAUACUUGUACCAUUAGCUUCUGGUAUAAUAAAACUAUUUCUAGUACACUUGGAUUGUAUGUUGUUCAAAACGGAACUUCAACAAGACUCUGGAGAAGUUCAUUCUCAUUCAUUACUAAUCCUAAUGAACCAUUAUGGGCUAAUGCAUCAGCUGGUAUUGGACAUCGCUCACAAGGAUAUAAGCUUGAAUUUAGAAUUUCCGGUUCAUCAUUUUCAACAAGUAACGGUGUUGCAGCCAUCGAUGAUAUAUCCUUCACUGGAUGCAAUAUGCCACCGUCAGUUCCAUGUUUCUCUGGUAACUUCCAAUGCAAAAAUGGUAGAUGUGUCAGUCCUUCAGUCGUUUGCGAUUUUGCUAAUGAUUGUGGUGAUUCCUCCGAUGAGAUCGGAUGUGCCGCUGCUUUACCAUGGUCAUGUAACUUUGAAAAGGAUGAUUGUGGUCUUAUCCAAGAUCAAACCGAUACAUUCAAUUGGAGAAGAGAUUUUGGUGGUACCUUUAGUUCUCUAAGCGGGCCAAAUUUUGAUCAUACUUUGGCAUCAUCUAAAGGCUAUUACAUGUUUUUCUCCGCUAGAAGUAGCUCUCUCAAUAAAACAGCCCGACAAACUAUUCCUCAAACAUUUGGUACUCCAGGCACUGGAUGUCAGAUGCGCUUCUGGUAUCAUAUGUUCGGUCCCGAUAUCGGCGGUCUUAACAUUUAUGCUCGUACCAAUUUCAUGGGUCCGCUUAUCAAGCAAUAUUCAAUUAUUGGUAACCAAGGCGAUAUCUGGAAAAAAGCAAGUCUUACUUUCUCUGUGAAUGCACCAUUCCAAGUUGUCAUUGAAGCCGUCAAUGGUAAAUACCUUUGGGGAGAUAUUGCCAUCGACGAUAUCAGCUUUACUUCUGGAUGCACCAAAGUGAAUACACCACUACCGUAUGCACAACAGACCGAUCCAGGAUGUCCAACCGGACAAAGACGAUGUGGUACUACUGGACCUUGCAAGCCUUCAUCUGUGUUCUGCGACUUUAGAAACGAUUGUGGUGAUAAUUCUGACGAAGCUAGUUGCCCAAGCUCAUGUACUUUCGAAAACGGAAUGUGUGGAUGGAAAAGUCCUAAAGAACUUGGUGAUAUCCAAUGGAGAAGAAAUAGAGGUGGUACUCCAACCCAAUUCACUGGCCCAACUACUGAUCAUACAAAUGGCAACGGCUGGUACAUGUAUGUUGAAGCCGAUAACGGAACAUUUAGUGAUAAUGCCUACCUAAUCAGUCCAUUUUACCAGAACCCCGGCCUAUCCUGUACUUUAUCCUUCUGGUAUCACAUGUACGGCUUCGAUAUUGGUAGUCUUAAAGUUCAGAUUGCAUCUCCUACAGGAACAAAACAACUUUGGUCAAAAUCAAACGGUCAAGGCAAUAAAUGGAUACAAGCUACAAAUAUUCCAAUUCCACGUUGUGCAUCAGCAUUCCAGAUUUCCUUCAUUGGUUCAACAGAUUUCUUUGGAACGGCAGGUGAUAUCGCCGUUGAUGACAUAUCAUUAAAUAAUUGCUUAAAGACUACCCAAACUACAUGUGCAAGUGGCCAACUCAAAUGCGCAGAUAAUAGCGCCUGCUAUCCAGUUAGUAGCAAAUGUGACUUUGGUCAGGAUUGCUGCGACAGCAGUGACGAAAACUCUUGCACUGGCUAUACCAGAUGCAAUUUCGAAAAUGGCUUAUGUGGUUGGAUGCAAUUGAAAUCGGAUAACUUCGAUUGGGAAGCAGAACAAGGCAGUACCAUUAGUUCUGGUACAGGACCCCAAGCUGAUCAUACCACUGGAACUUCAACAGGCACUUAUUAUAUGAUUGAAACUUCUUUCCCUCAAUCACCCAAUGAAACUGCAUCCCUUGGUAGUCCAAUUUUAUCGCCAACUUCUAGCGGUUGCAUUAUGCGAUUUUGGUACAACAUGCUUGGACCGGAUGUUGGUAGUCUUACUGUAUCAACACGAACAAGUUAUACUGGCUCUAUGAGUCAACAAUGGUCGAAAUCAGGCAACCAAGGCCCAUCAUGGAUCAAAGCUUCUGUCAAUUUGCCAACAUCUUCAGCUGCCUAUCAAGUAGUUAUUACCGGCAAAGUAGGACCAAGCUUCCAAGGUGAUAUCGCCAUUGAUGAUAUUUCAUUUACACCUGGAUGCAAAUUUGGCGGUGUACUACCUGGACAACCAACUGCAUCACCAACUCCAGCUGGCCAAUGUACUACAUUUAGCUGCGAUGCAGGAUCUAAAUGCUUAGCUAUGUCAUCCAUUUGUAAUUUCGUUACUGAAUGUUCCGAUGGUUCUGAUGAAGCCAACUGUGGCUCUUGUACUUUCGAAACCGGACAAUGUGGAUGGCAAAAUUCAUACACUGAUAACUUUAACUGGACAAGACGUCAAGGCAGCACUCCAUCUAUUAGUACAGGACCUAGCUAUGAUCAUACUACUUUCUCUACCUCAGGCUGGUACAUGUAUACUGAAGUUUCUGGUGGAAGAAUUGGCCAUCGUGCUGAUCUACGUGGACCUCUUAUUCAACCAGUACCUGCAACCUGUAAAUUUACUUUCUAUAGUCAUAUGUAUGGCCAAGAUAUUGGUUCACUGGCGUUAUACAUGCUCAAUGCUCAAGGUCAGCGCAUUGCACAAUUAUGGGGAUUAAGCGGUAACCGAGGAAAUUAUUGGUCAAGAACUGCAGUAACCAUAGGCAGAAGACAACAACCCUUCAGGCUUCAAUUUGAAGCAUUACGUGGCAGUGGAUUCCAAGGAGAUAUUGCACUAGAUGAUCUUUUAUUUAGUAGUUGUAAAGUACCUACUCAAUGUGUUACUCCUUCAUCAUCUCAAAUCGUCUGUCCAAACAGUUUCUGUAUUAGCAAAGAUUUAUUGUGUGAUUUCUCACAAGAUUGUUUAGAUGGCUAUGAUGAAACCAACUGUGUUAAUUACCAACAGACAUGUAAUUUCCAAGCUGGAUUCUGCGGAUGGACUAAUCUUAAGGACGAUGAUUUCGAUUGGUCUAUUACCAAUGGCCCCGCAGCAACACCUAACACUGGCCCUUACCGCGAUCAUACUCUUGGUACUUAUAGCGGUAAUUAUGCCUAUGCUGAUGGCUCUCGUCGUAACUUUAACGAUAUCGCUCGAUUAGCAAGUAAACCAAUUGCAGCGACAACUAGUGCUUCCAAUUGUCGUAUCCGAUUCUUCUACAACAUGUACGGAAGCAGAGUUCGAUACCUUAGAGUUCGAUAUAGAACAAGUAUUGGUGGUACCUAUACUACCCGACUAAGUCUUUACGGCAACAAGGGACCAUCAUGGCUUCGUGCAUCAGUUCCACUUAUAUCUAGUAAACCAUUCCAAGUCGUUAUCGAAGCUGCUGUUAGUAGCAGUUUCACCAGUGAUAUUGCCAUCGAUGAUAUUUCACUCACACCAGGAUGCCAGCUAUUCACAGGUACUUUCCCAGUGACAGCCACUUCUACACCUGCUCCAUUGACUACUUCAACACCAACACAACGAGCUCCCAAUACUUGUUCAUCAACACAAUUUGGUUGUUAUAAUAAUGGUAACUGCAUCCCUAAGAGUAAAACUUGCGAUUUCAUCGCCGACUGUGGCGACGGAUCGGAUGAAUGGGCUUGUCCAUCUCAAUGUGAUUUUGAGAAAAAUAUGUGCGGCAUGACAGUAACCCAAAGCACCAAUCCACUUUAUACCUUUAAAUGGCAGUAUGCAUUAGCCCAUGAUGCAGCAGAAAAGCAAAGUAUUCGAUCUGAUCAUUCUACGGGAACAGGCAAUGGCCACUAUGUCUACUACGGUGGUGUAAUUGCGCCUACCAAUCCAAGUGCUGGUGUACCCUACAAUAACUUACGAACAAACAUAACAACUGGAAUGUACCAACAUGCUAGCUCGCAAUGUUUAUUGCAAUUUUGGUAUUAUUACAACGGAAAUUCUCCUGGCAGACUUCAAGCACACAUAUUAAAUCAAGGCGAUACUCAACCAACGAUUCUGUGGGAAACACAAGGUACUAUUUCCUCUGGUUGGCGUAAUGCUACAGUAGGCAUUGGUGCCAGAACUAAACCAUUCCAAAUUAUUUUCUAUGGUUUCCAUUUUGUUGCCUUCGAUGGAGCUGUUGCAAUCGAUGAUGUCAACUUUAUUAAUUGCGCUUAUGCCCCAUCACAACCUACCUGUUCUUUAGGCCAAUUCCGUUGUCAACGCGGUUCCUGUAUUCCAAAUGAUCAAGUCUGCGAUAUGACAAACGAUUGUGGUGAUAACUCCGAUGAAGCUUCAUGCUCAACUUAUAAGCAAUGUAACUUUGAAACUCCCAAUUGUGCUUAUUUGACGCAAGAUUUAGUCACUGAUCAAUUGAAUUGGACACGAAGAGCUGGACCUACAUUCAGCGUCUAUACUGGCCCCAGUCGUGAUCACACUCUUGGUACUUACAAAGGUUAUUACUACUACUUAGAAACAUCUGGACUUUUGCAAUAUGGACAAGUUGCUAAUCUAUUGAGCUCAGUUUUUGAUCUGACAUCUACCAGCAACUGUAGAAUGACUUUAUACUACCAUAUGUACGGUCAGACCAUUGGCAAUUUCGCCAUUUUAACUAGAACACAAAGUAACGGAACUAUGACUCAACUCUUUGCUAGAAGAGGUCCUCAAGGUGAUAUCUGGCGUAAAGUGACAGUGACUUUACCAUCUGGUAAAUUGACACAAUUAGUUAUCCAAGCUACUGUUGGCGAUAGUUUCUCUGGUGAUAUCGCAAUCGAUGAUGUUUCUUUCACUUCAACUUGCAAGUCUACAACACAAUCCUUACCCUAUGCUCCACCACUUCCACCCACUUCUGCACCACCACCAACAACUGCUGUAUCCCAUACUUGCAAUCUUAAUACACAAUUUAACUGCCGUAGCACUGGUAAAUGUAUUUUACUCUCUAAAGUUUGUGAUUUCAGACAAGAUUGUGCUGACAACAGUGAUGAAGUUGCUUGUAUACAACAAACUUGUUCAUUCGAACAAAGCAUGUGCGGUUGGCAAUCGCAAUCUGUCAAUGGUGCAUUUACAUCGGUCAAUUCAACAGCUAUUAAAUUCAAAUGGGAACGCCAUAAUGGUGCUACUCAUACUGGAAGCACUGGACCUAGUGUUGAUCAUACUUUAGGUACUAGUCAAGGCUAUUAUGUUUAUACUGAUGCAUCUUUUGGCCGAUUUACUGACGUAGCAAUAUUAACUUCUCCUAUCAUCGGUGGAACUGGUUCACAAUGUGUAGUAUCUUUUUGGUAUCAUAUGUAUGGCUCUCAUGUUGGCAGAUUAUCUCUUAAUGCUAAGCGAGGUAAUACUUUAACUCAAUUAUGGACAAGAAAUGGCGGUAGAGCUAAUACCUGGUACCAAGUAAGUGUUAAAGUUGGCCAAAGACAAAGUUUCCAAUUACAAUUUAGAGGAACACGAAGCUUUUUAUACAAUGGUGAUAUUGCUUUAGAUGAUAUUAAACUGAAUAAUUGCAUACAACCUAUUCGACAACCAGUAUGUCCUCAAACAACAUUUACCUGCGGUAAUGGAUAUUGCGUUGAUCCUAAAUAUGUUUGUGACUAUGCCAAUGAUUGUGGUGGCCUACAAGAUGAAACUAACAGCGUUUGCAGCAAGAAUGCAAUGGGUCGAUGUGGAUUUGAGCUGGAUGAAUGCUAUUUCUACCUUGAUACGCCUAACAAGCCCAAUUGGAUACGUCGUACAGGAUUAAUAUUCAAUGGGCCUAGUGGAGAUGUUGAUACUGGUGCAUCAACUGGCCAUUACAUGAACUUAAAUACCUAUUACCCGGCUCUAUCUGGCGAUGUUAGCCGAUUUGCAUCCCAACCAUUUAAAGCAGCAUCAUCCAAUGCUAACUGUUAUCUCCGAUUCUACUACUUUAUGCUUCCAGCUACAAAUGGUGGUCAACUGAAUGUUUAUACUCGUACUAGUGCUUCAGCAAAUGGUAUGAACACGAUAUUUUCAGUGGCUAAUGCUUCAGUUAACUACUGGAAUAGAGUUGCCGUCAAGAUUGUCAGUAGUGCUCCAUUCCAAGUAGUCUUUGAGGGUGUUGUUGGCACAAGGUACUCAGCACGCAUUGGUAUUGAUGCAAUUUCAUUUACAAGUGGAUGUGCAUUCGGUGGCAAUAUUCAAAUCCCUGGUAUUACCGUCAGACCACCUAAUUCAGGAUUCCCAACCCCAGGUUGUAGUAGCAAUAGCUCAUUUGGCUGUAAAAAUGGUAAAUGUAUCCCACGAAGUUCUGUCUGUAACUUUAAGAAUGACUGUGGUGAUAACUCUGAUGAAGCUAACUGUGGCACCAAUUGUAACUUUGAUACUGGUACUUGCGGCUGGUACAAUGCUGGCUACGGAUCUCGCCGUAACUGGACAAGAACUCUGGCUGGAUCCAAUCCUAUUUCGCGAGCACCCAAAAUCGAUCAUACCAGUAACUCUUCAUCUGGUUAUUACAUGUACAUGCGACCAAUGACUACCGGUGCCUCUUCAAUAAAUCGUUACGUAGGAAUGUUAGAAAGCGCACUCUAUGCUGCAUCAAGCCCACAAUGUACAAUGUCUUUCUGGUACGCAAAAUAUAGAAUCUACACUUACUAUUUCAUUGGCGUCUAUGUUCAAACUUCAACUCAAACUAUCCAGAUGGCAUACUUUACCAACGGUGAUAGCAAGGGAACAGCAUGGCAAAAAGCCACCGUUAAUAUUGGCAUCCAACAAAAUUUCCGCAUUUUAAUCGGUGGUUCAACCGGAUCAAGUAGGCUAUAUGGUCUAGCUAUGGACGAUAUUCAAUUCAACAACUGUUUUACAACUCAACGCGCCUGCACUCGCCAAGAAUUUAAAUGCGCUACAAGUGGCCAAUGUAUAUCUAAACUUUGGCAGUGCGAUCGCCAGAAUGAUUGUCCCGACGGUUCCGACGAGGCUCCAUCUGCAUGCAAAUACAACUAUGCCGAUUGCACAUUCGAUACUGGAUUCUGUAACUUCACCAACUUGCUCAAUGGUGAUUUCAACUGGACACGAGCAAUGACAACAAACUCUGGUUCCACCGGUCCAAACAACGAUCACACUACACAAUCGACAUCAACUGGCUACUUUGUUUUUACGGAAGCAUCAUUCCCACGCAACGACUACGACACAGCUUUCUUGGCUGGACCCACUUUACCUGCUAGCCAGGGAGUAUGCUGGAUUAAAUUCUGGUAUAAUAUGUACGGUGCUUCUAUGGGAACAUUGAAAGUUGUCAUCAUGGACGUAACAUUAAAUCGUACACUAAGUGUAGUUUGGCAAAAGUCUGGCAAUCAAGGACAAAGUUGGUACAGAGGUAAUGCAAUGCUCAACAGUGCUCAACCUUUCCGUGCUGUAUUCCAAGGAGUUCUUGGUACUAGUUUCACCAGUGAUAUGGCCGUUGACGAUGUUGUCUUUACACCAGGAUGUUAUGUUGGAGGAUCACCAAUCGUACCAUUGCCCUUAGUUAAUAACCAAUGUAACAAUCCCAGCUAUACAUUCUCAUGCCCCAUCAAUAAUAAAACUGUAUGUAUCCCCAACACAUGGCGUUGCGACGGUAUCAUUGAUUGCAACAAUGCUAUGGAUGAAGACCGUUGUGGAGUCCUCAACAGACCUUGUACUGCUAAUGAAUUCAAAUGUGGUAACAAUGGCGGUUGUAUUAACAGCACCCUACACUGUAAUGGUUUUCCCGAUUGCUAUGAUUCAUCUGAUGAAGCAGGCUGUCCACAAAUUGGUAGUCAAACUGCAAACGGAGGAGCUAUUGCUGGCGCAGUCAUUGGUUCUCUUAUUGCAGUAGCUCUGAUCGGUGGAAUUUUCUAUAUGUACAGAGCGGAUAAAUUGGGAUCAGUAACACAAAUCUUUACCAAACGUACCUUGGGAAAUCAAAAUUACGAAGCCUACCAAGAUGAUGAUAAAGAACCGACACUACGUGAUUUCAGCGAAACAACAGAAAGUAACAGUGGCGAUGGCCAAACGGCUGUAGCCAAUCCACUUUAUGAAAGCAAAGACGACGCUGAUAUCUACCAGUAA